UUCGAAAAUGACAACUUUUUUCGCACUAAUCGGUGUUCGUUUGUUACACUCGUGCAAACUAACACCCGUAAACACCCUCCGCGGGUGCCACCACGCCGCCUUCACCACCCCCCUCGUUUCUAAAAUCGUGCGUGUGUCACUCAAACCUAACCUCACUUUCACCCCCUUUUCCACCAAUUCACACGCCAUUCAAGACAAUAUUUCCGCGCUCCAUUUGAAAAAGCGGCUCAUUCGGAAGAAGAAGAUCCUCGACGACGAGCUGGUGCGCCCCCCUGGACUCUACGACGUCGUGGCGUUCGCCACCGCCGAAGAAUACGAUCUCGAAAGGUUAAUAAAAGGACUCAAAGAAAACGAUUUGUAUGAACCUAAAGUUAUUAAAAAUACUUCAGAUGUGGUGCACGCUGUUGCCAAAAUCCAGGUGGAUGAAGAGCCCCGGGAGAUUUUUUUCUUCCGGGAGGGGAGUGUGGUGUUGUGGAACGUGACGGAGCUGGAGAGCAGUAACGUGUUGAAUUUUUUGCGGAAGUAUGAGUUUGAUAGUUAUUCGGAGAGUAUGGUGCAAGAGGAGAGUGAGAAGAUGAAUUAUAUGCAUCAGUUGGAGAAUUUGCCGAGCGGUUUGGCUAAGGAUGGGGAUUUGUUGGUUGCGACGGGGGAUGGGGGCGAGAUGACUUUGGAUAAGUACACGUUCUCGAAUGGGAUGUCGUUGUCGGUCAAACUGGCGAUAUGGGAGGCGUCGCUUGAGAAGUAUAUUGAUACGAUUGAAUUCGUGACAGAGGAUUUGAAAAAAGGGAAUAAAAUAAGAAUGACGAGGGAGGAGGUUUUGAGGAAACACGGCGAGUUGUUUGCGCUGAGGCACUUGAUUAAUCUGGGCUCGGAUUUGCUCGACACGCCUGAUUUUUAUUGGGAGAAUGAACAACUAGAGUCUCUGUAUAUACAAGUGUGCAAUUAUUUUGCAAUAGCAAAGAGAACAAGGGUUAUGAACGAAAAAAUCAACCACUGUGUGGAACUCAUCGAGCUUUUAUCAACGCAUUUAAGUGACAAACACCACAUUCGCUUAGAGUGGAUGAUCAUAGUAUUAAUUAUGGUAGAAGUAGCUUUUGAAACUAUACACUAUAUUGACAGAUACAUGAAUUAAGAUAUUUUUAUACUUAAGCAAAUACAUACAUAUUAUCACA